UAUAAAAUAAAAAGAGUGGAGGAGACGCUUGCCAAAUAAUCCCUUUUUCUCUUCCCUCCUCUACCAUUGCCAUUGCCAUUGCCAUUGCAUAGGCUAGCGACGCGACACUUGCCAAAUCAUCACCAACCAAUUACGGUUAACUGGGGAAAGGGUACUUUUGAUAUUAGAUCAUGGAACAACAAUCCAAUUCCUCCUUUAACAUUCCACCCCUGCCACUGCCGCCAUCCAUUAAUUAUUACCACCAAAUUCACCACCGCCGAUCGUUGACUUGCCUUUUGUGUGCCUAAAUGUGGAAAAGAUUGCACAGUUUUGCUGGCUCUCUCCGUGACUUUGGCGGAUGCACGCGUCACAACAACGGCGCUUCCUCCUCUUGUCAAAAUCCUGGAGGUGGAGAUUUGGAUCUUGGUCAAAGAGCUUCAAGAGUUAACAAGGGUGGUCCCACCAUGCCAUUUCAGGCAGUGCGAUUGUAUAUUCAAGAUCACCAUGUGGUGAUGGAUAAUGGCAUAGUACAAGUUACCUUAUCGAAACCAGCUGGAAUUGUUACCGGGAUACGAUAUGAUGGCAUCGACAAUUUGCUUGAAGUUCUCAAUCGUGAAACAAAUAGAGGGUACUGGGAUCUUCACUGGAAUCCACCUGGAGGCAAGGGAAUAUUUGAUGUGAUUAGUGGAACAAGAUUCAGGGUCGUAGUGGAAAAUGAUGAUCAGGUUGAGCUCUCAUUUACAAGAAUGUGGGAUUCCUCACUUGAAGGCAAAUACAUUCCCUUGAAUAUAGAUAAAAGGUUUAUAUUGCUACGUGGUUCCUCAGGCUUCUACUCAUAUGCCAUUUACGAGCACUUGCAGGAAUGGCCUGGUUUUGAUAUUGGCGAAACAAGGAUUACUUUUAAACUCCGGAAAGACAAGUUUCAGUACAUGGCCAUAGCAGAUAACAGGCAAAGAUUGAUGCCCCUACCAGAUGAUCGCUUGCCAAGAAGAUGUCAAGCCCUGGCUUAUCCAGAAGCUGUGAUGCUUGUUAAUCCCAAACUGCCAGAGCUCGCAGGAGAGGUGGAUGACAAGUACCAAUAUUCAUGUGAAAACAAAGAUAAUCAAGUCCAUGGGUGGAUAUGCUUCAAGCCUCCAGUGGGGUUCUGGCAAAUCACACCAAGUGAUGAAUUCCGAACUGCUGGGCCCCUGAAACAGAACCUGACUUCUCAUGUUGGCCCCACCACUCUUGCUAUGUUUCAUAGUUCACAUUAUGCGGGAAAAGAGCUGGUACUGAGUAUAAGCCCUGGUGAACCAUGGAAGAAAGUUUUUGGCCCUGUUUUUAUCUAUCUUAAUUCUGCAUCAAAUGGAGAGGACCCUCUCUUUCUUUGGGAAGAUGCUAAAGUGCAGAUGAUGGCUGAAGUCCAAAGCUGGCCAUACAGCUUCCCUGCUUCUGAGGAUUUCCAAAAGUCAGAACAACGAGGGAAUGUUUGUGGAAGACUACUAGUCAAAGACAGGAAUACAAGUGAUGACUAUAUACUAGCAAAUGGUGCUUAUGUGGGGUUGGCCCCACCAGGAGAUGUUGGAUCAUGGCAAACAGAAUGCAAGGACUACCAAUUCUGGACCAGAGCAGAUGAGAAUGGCUAUUUCUCUAUUAAAAACAUACGCACUGGGGACUACAAUCUUUAUGCAUGGGUCCCUGGAUUUCUUGGAGAUUACAGAUGGGAUGCUAUCGUGAACAUAAUUUCUGGUUGUGAUAUGGAUAUGGGUGAUCUUGUGUAUGAGCCUCCAAGAGAUGGGCCCACACUCUGGGAAAUAGGCAUCCCUGACCGUUCCGCUGCUGAGUUCUACAUUCCAGGUCCUGAUCCAAAGUUUAUGAAUAAUCUAUAUGCCAAUCAUCCUGACAGAUUUCGGCAGUAUGGUUUGUGGGGCAGAUAUACAGAUCUGUACCCCGAUACAGAUUUGGUUUACACAGUCGGUCUCAGUGACUACAGAAAAGACUGGUUCUUUGCUCAGGUUGUCAGGAGAAAAGACAAUGAUACACAUGUAGGAACCACAUGGCAAAUCAAGUUCGAACUUGACAAAGUGGAUCGGAACAGUAGCUACAAAUUGAGAGUGGCAAUUGCAUCUGCAACCCUAGCAGAAUUGCAGGUUCGUGUUAAUGAUGCAAAUGCACAACGUCCGCUAUUUACAAGCGGAUUGAUAGGGAGGGACAACGCAAUUGCUAGACAUGGGAUUCAUGGGCUCUACCGGCUGUAUAAUGUGAAUAUUCCAGGAGCUCGGCUAGUUGAAGGCGAGAAUACCAUCUUCCUGACGCAGCCCAGAUGCACCAGCCCUUUCCAGGGUCUCAUGUAUGACUACAUACGUCUAGAAGGUCCUCCUUUUUCUGGAUCCAGUAAUGAAGCUUCAAGUUCGUUUAAGUAAAAUAUCCAGUUAGGGUUGUGAUCGGAUUAGAUGUAUAUUCCAAUAUCAAUUCGUAAACACUGUUGCACAAAGAAAUUCUCUGCGAGAUCCAUGAAUCAAUGAUCGUGUGCCCAUUCCUCCU